AUGACAUUUACAACGGUUCAUACAAAAAAUGGAAGUAAUGUAUCCCUCGUAUCAGCAUCUGUUCUUGCCAAACAAAUUUUGUCUGUCGUCUGCGUUUCUCUAUCCUUAAUUUGCUUGCUCUUGACCUUCAUCACCUACUGUGUAUUCCCAACCCUCCGAUCGUUACCCGGUAAAAAUAACAUGUUCCUCGUCGGGUGCCUCUUUCUAGCUCAGCUGCUUUUCCAAUUCGGCAUAGAUAGGACUGAGAAUAACAUUGUGUGUACAAUUAUUGGUGUCUUCAUCCAUUUCAUGUGGCUUUGUGUAAUGUUCUGGAUGAACGUCUGUUCAUUUCAUAUGUUACGUGUGUUCGCCGUGCAGAACAUUAUUCCCCAGAGUAGAACAAGACAUACUAAGGCAUUGCUCAGAUACUCUUUGUAUGCCUUCGGAAGUGCUGCUCUAGUGGUAGCAGUAACAGUAACGGUCAGUUCAGUGUUAUCAGGUGGAACCGACGUGGGUUAUGGAGGUAUUGUGUGUUACCUCACGUCAAACAAACUUGUAGGUUUUUCCUUCGUGUUGCCACUCAGUGUCAUUGUAAUGAUGAACCUCACAUUCUUCGUUGUAACAAUUCGUGCAAUAUCUAAAAUAGAAAAUAUCAAGAAACAUCAUGGCAUGAAGGAGCGCCAUAAUGUGUAUGUUUAUAUCAAACUAUCCUCUCUCACGGGGAUGUUCUGGAUUGUGGCGAUCCUAGCUGAAGUGUUUCAGCAAGACGUUCUUAUAUAUAUCUCUAUCAUCCUGAACGGUUCUCUUGGAGUUCUUCUCUUCAUAUGCUACAUUGCCAACAGAAGGGUCUACGAUCUUUGGAAGGGAAUCUUUAACAAACUGAGACCAAAACGUCCGUUGGAGGACAGUCGGAAUGCGACUGUGAGCACCAGUAUUUGAGCAAGAUUGAAUGUUAUUGAACAUUCGCCAUUGUGUGAUAGUCCUAGAAGAAGCAAAAUGUCCUCGAGUCAUUAUUUACUUUAUUUAAUGAUGAUUUAUGAGCAGUAUAACACUGAUAAAGCUAAGGAAAUCUGUGAUAUUACGUGGUUGAUGGAGUUCGACACUCGAUAGUUGGAAAAGCUGCGACACGGUGGCUUCAAGGGAAAUACAAUCGGAAGACAGACGCCUUCAUAUUUGUGUAAUGCUUUAGUAUAUUUGAUCUUCCUAAUAAACACAUUAUCGCUGAAUUUGUCUUUUUGGCGAUACUUUCAUCUC